AUGGGGUUCGUUUCCGAAAAUAAGACUUCGGUGUUGAUUCUCAACUGCUCCACUUGCCAUUACCCCGUGAACCUGAGCAGAGCUGUCGCCCUGGGCAUCGUCCUUGGCUUUUUCAUCCUGUUCGCCAUCCUGGGCAACAUCUUGGUUAUCCUGAGCGUGGCCUGUCACCGGCACCUUCAGACGGUCACCAACUAUUUCAUCGUCAAUCUCGCCAUCGCUGACCUGCUCCUGAGCUGCACGGUGCUCCCCUUCUCGGCCACCUUGGAAAUCCUCAGGCACUGGGCGUUUGGUCGGGUCUUCUGCAAUGUCUGGGCAGCGAUGGAUGUCCUUUGCUCCACCGCCUCUAUCAUGAGCCUAUGCGUGAUAUCCAUAGACCGGUAUAUCGGAGUCAGCUAUCCGGUGAGGCACCCGACCAUCAUGACUGAGAGGAGGGGGCUCCUGACUUUGGUUGUGGUUUGGCUACUGGCCCUGGUGAUAUCCAUCGGCCCGCUCUUCGGCUGGAAAGAACCGGCCCCCAAAGACGAAACUAUCUGCAAAGUCACAGAGGAGCCCGGCUACGUCUUAUUUUCAGCCUUCGGGUCGUUCUACGUGCCCCUGACCAUCAUUCUCAUCAUGUACUGCCGAGUCUACAUCGUGGCCAAGAGGGAGACCAGGAGCCUGAAAGCCGGGAAGAAGCGAGAGAGGUCACAGGCGGACGAAGUGACCUUGCGGAUCCACCGCAAAAAUGCGCGGCCAGAGAGUUCGCCGAGACCCUCCGAGCUCAACCCCCGGACCAAAGGGACUCAGUUUAAAACCCACUUCUCAGUCUUACUCCUCAAGUUUUCCAGAGAGAAGAAAGCCGCCAAGACAUUGGGAAUUGUGGUGGGAGGCUUCAUACUCUGCUGGCUCCCAUUCUUUGUAGUUCUCCCGUUGGGUUCAUUCUUCCCCUCGUACAAACCACCAGAGACUAUCUUCAAAAUAGCAUUUUGGCUCGGCUAUUUUAACAGCUGCAUAAACCCCAUCAUAUACCCGGCUUCAAACCAGGAAUUUAAAAAGGCAUUCCAAAACAUCCUGAAGGGCCAUUGCCGGCACAGGAAACAGGCAUCCAUCAACCCCCCGCUGAGCUACAGCAUCGACAGCAAUCACAGCGCCCAGGGACACAAUGACCUGGUGCGCAUCCCCCUCGGCACCAGGGAGGCUUUCUUCAAGAUCUCCAAAUCCGACGGUGUGUGCGAGUGGAAGCUGUUCUCCACCCUUCCGGAGCGGGGAACCAAGGGCAACUGCAGAUCUCCCAGCGGGAAAGAUACAACGAUUCUGCGCUGCUGCUGCGCCGAUGCCCGCGCACCGGACGGUGACGCCCCCAGCGCACCAAAUUUGAAACUGCACGCUUCCUCCGCCGGCGAUUCCGGUGAUCCCGUUUGA